AGGGAAGCUCGACUAAAGUCAGUGUGUACAGCAGGGAAGCUAGACUAAAGUCGGUGUGUACAGCGGGGAGGCUGUAGGCCACAGUCAGGUGUCGAAGGCGGUACACUAGGGGAAGUCAGCAGGCAGCAGGGGCAGUUUUCCGUCCUGAAUUGGAACAGCGCCGCUGUAGCGUCUCACUAACGCGGACUGAACGGUUUUAAUAACACCGAGCGUCUCUAAAAGCCCGACCUGUCCGCUUCAGAGCGUUUCCAGGCGUUUCACUAACGACACAUCGCGCUAGAGGACCCCGCUGGGCGGGAGACCCGGGCAGAGCUCCGCUCCGCGCUCCUCCCGGGAGAGUUGGUUAGCAUCUUCACGCUGAACUUCCUGAUGUUAGCGCGCCGCUGUAGGUGAGUGAAGAGCUCCGCGGAGCCGCGGCGGCUCACAGUGCGGGCGAAGCGAGCCGUGGGGAUGUGAGAGUGAGACAGGUGCUGGGUGAGACAGGUGCCGGGUCCCUCCGAGAGCAGCAGGGCUGGUGCUCCUGCCCCCAGGUGCUCAGGUCGAGGCGCUCGCGCUCUCCGGCGCACGCACUGUUGGGAAGUUUGUUUUAAGAUGGCGGCGGCGGCACCGGAGCAGCAGGUAGGUUAGCUAAGUUUACCGUUGACCUCAGACCCGCUUUGAGAAGAACCAGAGCGGUUCUGUCGCCGCACAGAGGCAGCAGGACCUCCGAUGGGUCUCCGUGCUGACCCUAGUCCGCGGUACCCGGCGAGCUGGGGCUGUAAUCAGCCGUGAAGUGAACGGGAAGCAGCUGCUAAGUGAAAUAAACACUGGCGGCAGCCGCUGGUCGACCUGCCCCGGGUUCGGGGACCAGCCCGGCUCUCCUGUGUUCACCCUGGGUUGUCGUUUAUUCGUUCCCCAGAGAGGAGAGGAAGAGAGAAGGUGAGGUGAUGAGACGAGUAAAGAGGACUCCAGCACCGCCAUCCACCUGCAGCAGCUCGGCCUGGAGAACAUGGCCCAGAUAACAGUGAAGGACCAGCCUGAAGCCUGGAGAACCUCUCAGACCAAACCAGAUUUACCUGCUGCUGAAGAUGGCUCACCAUUGGGACCACAAACCCCGGACCACCAAAAUGGCCCUGUGCCUCACUACUGCCUCCCCAGCUACAGUCCUGCCUUGCUCACCAACAGCCCCUGUGUCGAGGAGGACCAGUGCAGCGUGGCCUCGCAGGACUCCGGAAUCCCCACGUUGGAAAUAAACCCCCCCGAACACGUCCACGUCCAGCCGUACAGCCCGAAUGACGACGGCCCUGCCACGCUGACGCUGGAGUCCUCGGACGGAACUUUGCACAAGUCCUCCACGUUUCCCCGCAGCGGUCUGGAGUGGCGCCUCUUUAGCCCCCCCGGCGGCGUCCGUGCAGGGGGCGGCGCUUUGAACCGCAGUGACGAAAUCUCCGUCUGCAGCGUCUCCAGCCUGAGCACCGAGCUGUCGGCCACGCUGUCGCUGAGCAACGAUGACAUCAUUGACUUCAUGGUCACCUCAGACUCCAGCGCCGUCGUCACCUUCGAGAACAACAGCGACAUGGUCGUCAGUGCCUCACGGUUCUCGGAAGCGUCACUGCCGCCCUCUGACGACCUGCCGCAGAGUCACCAGGGGGCGCUGACACCAGGGGAGCUGAGACUGAAGAGGACUAGUCCCAUCUUGAGCUUCAUCAACAGGAAUCUUUUUUCUAAGAAGCUGAAGGGCGUAAGUGCUGCCGAUGGUCACAGAGAGCCGGGCUGGAGGCUGUUUGGUCGAGUUCCUCCCUCAAACCCCAAAGCAGCGCUGAAGGAAAAUGAAAGGGGUGCUCAAGCCGGUGAUUCUCCAUCUCCCAGACAGAGUGUGAGGAAGAACCUGGAGUUCGAGCCGCUCUCCACUACAGCACUCAUACUGGAGCACCGCCCAGCGAACCUGCCAGCGAAGCCAGCAGAGGAGGCUGAGAAACACCAGCAGCAGUAUGAGGAGAUGGUCGCGCAGGCCAAGAAGAGAGAGCUGAGAGAAGCUCAGAAGAGGAAGAAGCAGUUGGAGGACCGAGUGAAGCAGGAGGAAAACAUCGGCAAUGCUGCCCUCACCUGGAGCCAGGAGAUACUGCCCAACUGGACCACGAUGUGUUCGUCUAAGCGGGUGAAAGAGUUGUGGUGGCAGGGAGUGCCCCCUAGUGUCAGAGGUAGAGUGUGGAGUCUGGCCAUCGGCAACGACCUCAACAUCACACACGAGCUGUAUGAUAUCUGUUUGGCGAGAGCGAAGGAGAGGUGGAACGCUUCUUCUGCCCCAUCCACCACUACCGACACUGAUACUGGAGAUGCAGGUUCGUCUCAUGCGGAUCGGGAGGCCAGUCUAGAGCUGAUAAAGCUGGACAUUUCCAGAACGUUCCCCAGCCUCUGUAUAUUUCAGAAGGGAGGCCCGUAUCAUGAUGUGCUGCACAGCAUUCUGGGAGCUUACACAUGUUACCGGCCAGAUGUGGGAUACGUGCAGGGGAUGUCGUUUAUCGCGGCCGUGCUGAUCCUGAACAUGCACACUGCUGAUGCCUUCAUUGCUUUUGCCAACCUGCUGAAUAAACCCUGUCAGAUGGCUUUCUACAGGGUGGACCAUAGCCUUAUGCUGACAUAUUUUGCUGCAUUUGAAGUGUUCUUUGAAGAAAACCUACCAAAGCUAUUUGCACAUUUUAAGAGCAACAACUUGACCCCUGAUAUUUAUCUGAUCGACUGGAUCUUCACUCUGUACAGUAAAUCCCUCCCACUGGACGUGGCGUGUCGUGUGUGGGACGUGUUUUGCCGGGAUGGUGAGGAAUUCCUUUUCCGCACCGCUCUGGGAAUCCUGCGGCUGUACGAGGACGUGCUCACUCACAUGGACUUCAUCCACAACGCUCAGUUCCUCACACGGCUCCCCGAACACAUCAAUGCUCACACGCUCUUCUCCUCUAUCGCAGCCGUCAGCAUGAGCUGCAGGAACAGGAAGUGGACUCAGGUUCUUCACACUCUUCAGAAAGACCCGGAACGGGCCAGUCCUGUACUGAAGCGCUGAGGGGAAACACCUCGCGUACCUGGAGCAACGGAGACGAGAAGACCCAGCAGCCUCGGUGUGAGCAGAACCUUAAGACCCGGGACCUUCGUACCUCUUCUAUCUGCUGGACUCCAGGAGUCAAACCCUCCGGCGGUUCAAUCACGCUGCACUUCAGGAGAUACUGUGGACAAAACUCUCCUUUGGGCAUGAAGAAGGCGUCACACUAAUACACACCUUAAAGCAACGGUUUGACCAAAAAUCAGAUUCUCCCGGUCACCCCCGCCAGAAAUGUGGUCUUUCAGCCAAGACAUGUGAGGUGUCCUUAGUCUUUGCACUGGAGCUACAAAGCUAAUAGCCAUUUAGCUAACAAAUAACAGAAGCUUUUAGCCAUGUAAGCGCAUCACGUAGCCAAAAACAGUAGCAGCAACCAUAUUGAGUCGUGAAUGUCUAUAUUUUUGUCCAUUUUUAUAAAUGACCAGUGUGUCCUACAUGCAUACAGUAUGUCAUACAGAGGAACAGUGACUCACAAACCAUAAGAGCAAGUCUGUUUGAGGAUACAGCUCAGCUAAUGUAGCUCGCAAGUGAAGAAGGACGGUUUAAGAAGCUGUUUAGAUUUUUUAAAAAUGGAAUAAAUGAACUGUUGCUAAUUAUAUACAAUAAAAUAAUGACCGUCAUUCAUGGCCUUUGACCCAUAUUAUCUAAAACUCAUUUUACUUGAACUCCUAUUAAUGGAAGCUUCCAGUCCACCAAUUAGCGUCUUGCACACCGCAUGCCUCGUUACACAUUUACCUCAGUCCGUGUUCAUCUAAAGAAACUUCAGAAACCAAACGUGCUUUGGCUGAUGAGCCAGAGGGGGUGACCGUAAAUCUGAUUUUUGGAUGGAUAAUCACUUUAAACUGUGUUUAAGGUUUGUUUGUCCAGCUUUGCUGAUAUGGACAAUGAAUUGGAGCUCUGAUGGUUUUCAGCUCUCGUCCUUCCAUCCUCGAUCUCCAACCAGGCCACUUUCACUCUGUGCUGAGCUACAGCACUAAAACUGGAACUUCUUUGGGGUUUGUCCACUAUGUUUGUGUGUGUGUGUGUGUGUGUGUGUGUGUGUGUGUGUGUGUGUGUGUGUGUGUGUGUGUGUGUGUGUGUGUAAAUGAGAUACUGACAUCAAAACAUCUGCUUAAUGAAAUGGUUUUAUCAACUUCCGAACGUGAAAAGGGUCCAAGUGUGUUAUUUAAAGCUGGAUUUGUGGAUUCUCGCAUUAAGUUUGGGUCCCCAGAUUGCCUCUAUUUGGGCCAGGUGUCCUGCCCAUACUAUAAAGUAAUGUAUUGCAAAUACUGAGUAUAUUCUAUUUAUAUUUUAUAAUAUAUUGACAACAUAUAAUAAUAUAUUUCAUUGCCCCAGAACUACUAAUGUCUAAUCAUUCAAAUCAUCGCUGUCAUAACAGAACCUCAAAUAUCAGGACAUGGGAGAAGGAAAGAAGCGCCCCAUUUUAACGUACAUUAAUGAAAUUAGACCUUUCGAAGUAGUUUUGGACUUUCUGUGGGCACUUCCUUUUGCAAAAAUGGUGCAAAAGAUGCGGAGAUAGAUGGAUGUGAAAUGACCGUGAUGACAUUAUGCUGGAUAGGGUUCCAGAUGCCCUUUUUUUAGGUAAAUUUGUUUCAGGGUGUGUGUCCGGACCCUGCGAUCAACAGUCUCAAACGAGUUUGUUUGGUUUUGGUCUUCAGAUUUGACCACUGUGUUACUUUCUUUCUGUUUUUUGUGGUACACGAGUGUCUGAUUUGAAGUUUUCGUUUGUUUGUUUUGCUUUGCAUAUUUGCUUGGUUUGUUUAUUUUUCAGCCAGUUGUGAAGAUUGCAUCUGUGGUGGCUGAUUUGUGGUAAUGGAUCUGUAUUUGUUGGUCUGUCUGGUCUGAAAAAGCUGCACUUGGUCUCUGUAUGACUGAAGUGUCCUCUGGAGAUGCUUCUGAUGAGGAAGUUCUACACGAGACGAACUAGAAAGCACUCGGUGUGGGACAUGGAGGACAGAAUGACUCAGAAUGAGCUGAUUAAACGAAUAAAUAAUCAAUCAAUCACGAAA